GGAUCCAAAGCUGUUUUUCGGUUACUGAGUCUAUAAUCCUCAAACUCUCAAGAGAAACUUUUGAAGGUAUGGGUGUCUCAGAGGACCUUCCUGGUCUCAGAAAUUCUAAGAGGAGGUUUUAAGGAAGGUAAUAGGUGCUUUGCUCUCCAUCUCUCAGAACCCCCGUCUCCGUGUUCUCCUAUAGAGAUUGUUGAUUUGCCUCUUAAGCAAGAGAUUCAUUGCAGCUCAGCAUGGCUCAGACGGGCUCAUACUUCAUGCUGAUCUCCUGCCUGAUGUUCCUGUCUCAGAGCCAAGGCCAAGAGGCCCAGACAGACUUGCCCCAGGCCCGGAUCAGCUGCCCAGAAGGCACCAAUGCCUAUCGCUCCUACUGCUACUAUUUUAAUGAAGACCGUGAGACCUGGGUUGAUGCAGAUCUCUACUGCCAGAACAUGAAUUCGGGCAACCUGGUGUCUGUGCUCACCCAGGCAGAGGGUGCCUUCGUGGCCUCACUGAUUAAGGAGAGUAGCACUGCUGACUUCAAUGUCUGGACUGGCCUCCAUGACCCCAAAAAGAACCGCCGCUGGCACUGGAGCAGUGGGUCCCUGGUCUCCUACAAAUCCUGGGACAUUGGAGCCCCAAGCAGUGUUACUCCUGGCUACUGUGUGAGCCUGACUUCAAGCUCAGGAUUCCAGAAAUGGAAGGAUGUGCCUUGCGAAGGCAAGUUCUCCUUUGUCUGCAAGUUCAAAAACUAGAGGCUGCUGGAAAAUAGAUGCCUAGAACUGAUCCAGCAAUUACUACGGAGUCAAAAAUUAAACCGGACCGUCUCUCCAACUCAACUCAACCUGGACACUCUCUUCUCUGCUGAGUUUGCCUUGUUAAUCUUCAGUACUUUUACCUACCCCAAUCUCUGGAACCCUAAAUAAUAAAAAUAAACAUGUUUCCACUAU